GUGUGUCGGUACCUCGCCGAUCACCUGCUCACGCCGGCCCUGCGGUGCGCCAACAACCUUCUGCCCGAGCCCGCGGCCAACGCGGCCAGCGCGGCGCUCAGGGAGAUGACAGGCGGGGCGGGGCAGCUCCCGCCUAGGGAGUUCUACGAGGCGGUGAAGGCGGUGUCGAAGGCGGCUGCGGGUCUGGAGGAGCACCACCGAGAGGUUGUGGCGAAAGGGAUGGAGGACACGCCGACCCUCCGCACGAUCGCCAGCGAGACCAAGAAGAGCCUCCUGCACAGGGUGGACGCGUGGACGGUGAGAGUGCUGGAGGACGCCAUGAGGCUGCUCAUCCUGUACGCGGAGAAGCAGAUGUCUCUCAGGUCUAGCAAGAGCGACUACUGUCCCAAGGAGGAGACCGCCGCGAUCGAGGCCACCAGGACUGUCAAGGCGGUGUCCUCCGUGCUGGAGGAGCAACACAGUGUCUUCGUAGACUGUCUCAAGGAGGUGGACCAAAGAGUUGACCUCCGGAUGCUCUGGGAGAGCGUCGGACUCCGGGUUCACGAGUUGUUCGUGGAGCACCUAAAGAAGACGAAGGUCAACGUGAUCGGUGCUUUUAUCUUGGCGAACGACGUCAACCGCCUACAGGAGGUCUUGGGGAGGUUUGGGUGCGAGGGGGUAACCUCGGCGGCGGAGGAGCUGCGGGAGAUAGCCAACCUCUACGUCGUGCCACCGGAAAAUCUGCUCUCGCUCAUGGAGCAGGGAAGGCUAAUGGGAGCUGGUGGGGUUCGUGCGGAUGCGAGCGGACUAUCACACGGGCGUCGGUUCGAGGUCUCUGUGGGCGAAGGAGUUGUUCCCGCACGACGAUCACGGGGUCAACUUCGCCCAAGCGCUCGGCGGGAGGGGUUGACGAGGUUGACGAGGGGACUGCUGUGCUCCUCGUCCAAGGCCAAGCCCAGCCUGCGGUGUGUGAAGUUUGGCAAGGGUGGUGGGAGCUCGGCUCCUUGACUACGAAGCCAUUUUCUGAGCACGCACCGGGUGUUAGACAACAACUAUUCGUGGCGUUGGAGGAGGGAGUGGUGGGUGGUAUUUAUGAAUUUUCUAGCCGACGAGAUGUUUUUCCUUCCGUUUUCGAUUGGAUAAUUGUCACAAGUCUGGCGUUUCACCAUUCCCCCAUCGUCAACGACAGUGGCAUAUUCGGGGUGGGCCAUGAGGGCUGCCACUUCUUCGAGAAGACGCGCGCAGGCCAUUCGUUUUUGUGAAAGUGUGAAAAGAAAGCGUCUCUCAUUUGUAUCUUGUAAAAUUCCGUCUUUUCGUGUGGUUUGCCAUAAUGUUUACACGAGGUACAUGUUUGCGUACACCAUGGAGCUGCACCCUUCGAUGGGUGGUGGUGAUGGGAUGAGGGCGGUAAGAUUUUGGACAGGGGGGAAACAGCAAUGAUGUAUCUCCUUGUACUAUACAUAUUUGAUCGAAACAUUAUUGUGCUUGUUAGGAAAGCAAAUUUCUGGGAUUUUUGUUGUGGCUGCAUCGUGUGAGUUGCUGCCGAUCCGGAAUACUUUGGCACCAUUUGUCGACGUGUUGUGGACUGGUGGGUCUGUUGAGACGGGGAGCAGAUCUCACAGGAUAUGAUGGCGGAGGACGUGGGGCCACAGGUCGAAGGUACCUGGAGGACUUGUUCUGGAUCGCAAGUCUCUGUUUCGUUCGUUGUUGGUGGUAGGAGACCUGUGGUGUACUCCAUGAUUCGCACCAAAAACAUCGCGAGCAAAGGGAAAGUUUGCUUGUGACGACGGGAAUCGACCGGUCAAGUGUUUGAUCAGUACGGAGAGAUGAUGGUACCGGGCAGAGAGAUCGGAACGGUUUUUGAUGUCAAGAC